AUGCUGCUCCUCGGCAGGAGUUCUCUUGGGAGUAGAGGCCCUUAUGGCUCAGGUGACGCGUGCACGGACCGGGAGCCAGUUUCUCGACGCAUUUGCUCGGGGCGCGCCCGAGGGAUCGCCAGUCGGAACUAUGUUUCUGCCUUUCGGACGCUAGAACACAGCACCGUGUGGACCGGCUGUUUUCAUAUUUUAUUCUUCGAAAGCUACGCUAGGCACUCUAAUUUGCUGGCGAGAGGCAGGUCGGAAAAGACUACCACGUGUGUUCUAUCUGUGUGCACUCAGGUGACGCGCGAGCCGGAUCGGGUGGACGCGAGCCUGGAGAGCCCUUGUUUUCGAGGCAAGCAGCCGCGAGUGUUCACACAGAAAAGCGACAUUCGUGAAGGCUGCUGCGAGGCGUGCGCACGAGUGCGGUUGUGUUCAGAGCGGGCGCGCGCUGGCGCGAAAAGCGGCCGGGUUCGCGGGUCGUGCCGCACAGCCGUGAGAGGCAAAGGGCUCUCAGAUUGUGCAUCGCACUGUGCAGAAUUCAAUCAAUCCGCGCUGCGAGAGGACGCUGUUUCAGGGCGACGCUGCGUAACUGGCUGCAUAUCACUGGCGUAUCCUCCGCCUGAAGUCCAGCAGGCGGUGGGCACCAGCUGGGCAGACACAAAUCGCUGCGUGUCGGUCCUGACGGAGGUCGCAGACGACAUUGUACAUUUCAUUGCGCAUUACGUCUCGUACCGAGGCUAUGCGUGA